AUGGCGGCCGUUUUGGAGUCGCUGCUGCGAGAGGAGGUGUCGGUCGCAGCCGCCGUGCGGUGGGUCGCGCGCAGCGCCCGGAGUUCGGAGGAUGACCCCGGCGACGCGGCCGCGCUGCGCCCGCUCCGGCCGCUGCGGAAGGAAUUCGUGCCGUUCCUGCUGAACUUCCUGCGGGAGCAGAGCAGCCGCGUCCUCCCGCAGGGCCCCCCAACCCCCGCCAAGGCGCCGGGCUCCUCGGCAGCCCUCCCAGGGAGGCCGGGGGGCCCGCCGCGGGGCGGCCGCGGGGCGCGCAGCCAGCUCUUCCCUCCGGCCGAGCCUCCGAGCGCCGCCGAGGCCCCUCUGGCCCGCCGCGGCGGCCGAAGGCGGGGCCCGGGGCCGGCCCGCGAGCGAGGAGGCCGCGGCCCCGGGGCCCAGGAGGAGGGAGUCGGCGGGGAGAGCCAGUCCUGGGUCGGGGGCCGGAGACCUAGGGGCUCCGGCAGCCCCGGGAGCCCCAGCCUCGCACGUUCUGAUCCGCCAAACCUCAGCAACCUGGAGGAGUUCCCUCCCGUAGGCUCGGUUCCCCCCGGCCCUGCAGGCAGGACGAAGCCUUCACGCAGGAUCAACCCAACUCCGGUGAGCGACGAGCGGUCACUUUCCAAGCCCAAGACCUGCUUCACCUCACCCCCAAUCAACUGUGCCCCCAGUUCCCAACCCUCAGCCCUGGACACUAGCCCUUGGGGCCAUGGCCUUCCCCCAGGGUGCAGAAGUCUGCAAGAGGAGCGGGAGAUGCUCAGGAAGGAGCGCUCUAAGCAGCAGCAGCAGCAGUCACCUACCCCUGCCUGCCCCACCCCAGAGACGGGGUCUCCCCUCCCCAGCCAGACCGGGAACAUCACAGCUGAACCCGCCGACCCUGCCAGAGUGUCUUCCCACCAGCGCCUCCAGCUGGUAGCCCUUGUCUACUCUUCGUGCAUUGCAGAGAACCUGGUGCCCAACCUCUUCCUGGAGCUCUUCUUUGUCCUUCAACUCCUCACUGCCCGGCGCAUGGUGGCCACCAAGGAUCACGACCUUGAGCCAAGCCCAGGAGCCCAAGAUUCCCUGGAAAGCCCACUGUUCCAGAAUGUCCAUGACUGUGUCUUCUUUGCAGUGCAGGUUUUGGAGCAUCAGUUUCAAGUUCUUUCCUACCUGGACAAAGGGACCUUGAAGCUCUUGGCUGAAAAUGAGCGGCUGCUGUGCUUCUCACCAGCUCUUCAGGGCCGCCUCCGAGCUGCCUAUGAGGGCAGUGUCGCCAAGGUUUCUCUGGAGAUGCCACCUUCUGCCCAAGCUGUCUCCUUUCAACCUGAAACUGACAAUCGUGCCAACUUCUCCAGUGACCGAGCCUUUCAUACUUUUAAAAAACAGAGGGAUGUGUUUUAUGAGGUGCUGCGAGAGUGGGAAGAUCGCCAUGAGGAGCCUGGCUGGGAUUUUGAGAAGGGCCUGGGAAGCAGGAUCAGAGCCAUGAUGGGUCAGCUCUCUGCAGCCUGCAGCCACAGCCAUUUCGUUCGACUUUUCCAAAAACAACUUCUCCAGAUGUGUCAGCGUCCUGGUGGUGCUGGGGGCACUGUCUUGGGCGAGGCCCCAGAUGUGUUAAGUAUGCUUGGAGCUGACAAGCUGGGGCGGUUGCGGCGUCUCCAGGAACGACUAGCGGCUCCUCAGAGCAGUGGGGGGCCCUGUCCACCCCCCACCUUCCCAGGUUGUCAGGGCUUCUUCAGGGACUUCAUCCUGAGUGCCAGCAGCUUUCAGUUUAAUCAGCAUCUCAUGGAUAGUCUGAGUUUGAAGAUCCGGGAGCUCAACAGCCUCACCCUGCCUCAGCCUGAACCCAGUGAUGAAGAUGGGGAGGCGGAUGUGGACUGGCAGGGCGAACGGAGGCAGUUUGCUGUGGUGCUGCUCAGCCUGAGGCUUCUGGCUAAAUUCCUGGGCUUUGUGGCCUUCCUGCCAUACCGGGGACCCGAACCACCCCCAACUCGGGAGCUCCAGGACUCCAUUCUGGCCCUGAGGAGCCAGGUGCCCCCGGUGCUGGACGUGCGGGCUCUGCUGCAGCAGGGGCUGCGGGCCCGCCGGGCGGUCCUCACGGUGCCCUGGCUGGUGGAGUUCCUCUCCCUCGCCGACCACAUUGUCCCCCUGAUGGACUAUUACCGCAGCGUCUUCACGCUCCUGCUGCAGCUCCAUCGGAGCUUGGUCUUGUCCAAGGAGAGUGAGGGGGAAAUGUGUUUCCUGAACAAGCUGCUGCUGCUUGCGGUGCUGGGCUGGCUUUUCCAGAUCCCAACAGUCCCCGAGCACUUGUUUUUUCUGGAAGAGUGUCAGUUGGAUACAUCUGAAGCAGACACAGUAACCCCCGAGCACGGCUUGGACAACAUGCCGGUGGUGGACCAGCACCUGCUCUACACUUGCUGCCCCUAUAUCGGAGAACUUCGGAAACUGCUGGCUUCGUGGGUAUCAGGCAGCAGUGGACGGAGUGGGGGCUUUGUGCGGAAAAUUACCCCCACCACUACAACUGGACUGGGAACCCAGCCUCCCCGGACCACCCAGGGGCUGCAGGCUCAGCUCGCCCAAGCCUUUUUCCACAACCAGCCACCCUCCCUGCGCAGGACUGUGGAAUUUGUGGCAGAGCGAAUUGGUUCUAACUGUGUCAAACACAUCAAGGCCACACUGGUGGCGGACCUGGUGCGCCAGGCAGAGUCGCUUCUUCAAGAACAGCUGGUGACGGAGGGAAAGAAUGGGAGAGAUCCAGCCCAGCUGUUGGAGAUCCUGUGUUCCCAGCUCUGCCCCUAUGGGGCGCAGGCACUCACCCAGGGGCGGGAGUUCUGCCAAAGGAAGAGCCCUGGGGCCGUGCGGGCACUGCUUCCGGAGGAGACCCCAGGAGCUGUGCUAAGCAGUGCAGAGAACAUUGCUGUGGGACUUGCAACAGAAAAAGCCUGUGCUUGGUUGUCAGCCAAUAUCACAGCGCUGAUCAGAAGAGAGGUGAAAGCGGCAGUGAACCGAACACUUCGCGCCCAGGGUCCUGAACUGGCUGUCCAGGGGGAGCGGAGGGGCUGCUCCCGUGCCUGUGAGCACCAUGCUCCCCUCCCCUCCCACCUCAUCUCCGAGAUCAAAGAUGUGCUCUCUCUGGCCGCUGGGCCCCGGGACCCUGAGGAGGGAGUUUCCCCAGAGUACCUGGAGCAACUCCUAGGCCAGCUAGGCCAGAUGCUGCAGUGCCGCCAGUUCCUGUGCCCACCUGCUGAGCAGCAUCUGGCAAAGUGCUCUGUGGAUUUAGCAUCUCUCCUUGUGGCUGACCAAAUUCCUGUACUCGGGCCCCCAGCACAGCACCGGCUGGAGCGCGGGCAGGCGCGAAGGCUCCUGCAUGUUCUGCUCUCCCUGUGGAAGGAUGACUUUCAGGUGCCCGUCCCACUGCAGCUGCUGCUGAGCCCGAGAAACGUGGGGCUUCUGGCAGACACUCGGCCGAGGGAGUGGGACCUGCUGCUGUUCCUGCUCCGGGAGCUGGUAGAGAAAGGCCUGAUGGGACGGACAGAGAUCGAGGCUUGCCUGGGCAGCCUGCGUGAGGCCCGGUGGCCAGAGGACUUCUCUGAAGAAUUACAAACCCUGUUCAACCUGUUUUUAGCUGAGCCCCACGUGCCAGAACCUCAGCUAAGAGCUUGUGAGCUGGUGCAGCCAAACCGGGGGACUGUGCUGGCCCAGAGUUAAGACUGGGGAGUGGCCCUGCCUUGGGCAUCUCAACAGAACCCUGGAGCCCUGCCACAGGAGGCAGCUCCAGAGCCACCCAAGUGCCCACUGCUGACCCUCGGCAGUGCAGGAGUAGCUGAGUGUGCAACCCGGUUUCCUGCUCGUAUGCGAAGGGAAAGUGUGGCUCAGUGCAGGUGCGCCACCCCAAGUCCUAGAGGAAGGAGGAGGGUUUACCUGAUUCGGGAUUGUGGUGGAAAAGGCGACAGACUCCAGUCCUGGAACAGAAGUCGGCAUCGCUUGGACACUAAGUGAAAUGAUGUGUGGGGGCUCCCGGCCCUACUUGCUGCUAACUCGGCAUUUCUUAAAACUUUGUUGUUCGGGAAAUCAUGACAGAAGCAAAUGAUUUCUGCUUACCGUGUAAGGAACGUGAGAAAGUUGAAACAUGAAUCCUGCGAGUCUCCAUUUUCUCCCACCAGAAGCUGUACCGCCAGCUGCUUCAAAGUGCAUGGCAGACGAGGGGGGCUCACAGGACAGAAACCGGGAUGCCGUGUGUCCCCUGUUCAGCCAGUAGCUCGCAACCCAGUUCCAUCCAAGGGUUGUGCACGGGAGAAAGAGCUUUUUAAAAUAAACUGCUUUCUUUACUGGGGGUUUCAUGUCUACUCACUCCCACCUGACUUCCUGCGGACGGCUGCGGGAAGGCGGGCUGAGUGGAGCUGCCCUAGCGCCUUGACACCUGGUGACGCCUGCGUGUUCCAUUGUCAACUUGCUCCACGCAGUGCUGACCUCGGGGCAACUCCCUUAUAGAGUUCAGGGCAUUGUGUGCAAUUUCUACUCACAAGGUCCUGCCUAUUAAACUGUAGCAAGGAAGCUCCCACUAUGCCUGUUUUGUCAGGACUGGGGUGUUUGUUCUGGCCAGAAACUAAAAAGCAUUUUUUGUCUGAAUGAUCCACUGCCUCAGGAAGCAUUAAUUACCUUGAUAGUCUACGUUAAGUUCACUCCUGCAAAAGUCACAGUUUUUCUACUUUGGCAGUGUGUAAAGUCAGGCUCUGUUGGAGAAGAUAACUCUGAAUCCUGUUGAAGGGAAAAGUUGGGGGGAAAGUUCACAGCUGUCAAAGAGGUCGCCAACCCAUGGAAAGGUCAGGUUCUCGGGGCCUUGACAACAGGAAAGCUGGUUACUCCCACUAAGUCCCAGCAGCACAGAAAAUAGGGAUGUUUCUCAGUCCCCACAGCUCCUGCCCAGUAAGAGUGCACCUUCCCCAGCCCAUUACUCCUUCAACAACUGCAUCUCAACAUUUUCAAAUGAUUUUAUCUUUGUCCUUUGAAUCCAAUUUAUACUACAGCAAAUUCAGAAAGUUCUGAAUGCUGAGAACCAAAAGUUUUAUCUUUCUGCGCCCAUCAGAUGUGGCUGAAGGAAAGCACCGCUCUAGGAAGCUGAGUUACUUCAUUGCCGCUCCUCUGAGGUAGGACAGGCAGGCCAGUGGCAAAAGCCUGAAGCCCCAAGGAUGCCAGGCAGAAGGACUAAGCCUCAACCCAGGCCUGGCCCAAAGCUCAAUAAACUUAGCAGUGCCCCGUUCCGGAAACCGCUGGCCUACGUGAAGCGUAAAAGCCUACUUGAGGCAGAAUGACGACGGCUGAUGGAAACAGCGAGUGACCUAAUCAGGCUACUUUCUAUUAUAUUUGCUUGCUACAGCCUGCCUAAAAUUGAUUUUCAAAGCAUGGUCACCAAUCUAGCAGCCUCAGGAUCACAAAUAUAUGGGCCCCUAGGAGACCUGAAUCAGAAACUGGGAGGGGGCCCAGCCCAGCCCGGCCCAGGACGGAACAAGUCCUUUGGGUGAUUUUGAUGCACAACACAACCAAAACCACUUACCCAAGCCCAAAUCUGCCUUUGCCGUGAUCAUUUAGACCAGGUCACUGGGUUAUCAUUAGCACUUUGCGUUUAGUUAUAAAAUCUGCCUCACAUCAUCUUUAGAUCGCUGACUCACUGGCCCGGUGUGUGGCUUCUCUAGUUAGCAACAUGGUCUCCGGGUACCCGUGUGGGCACAUCAACACAGCCUCAGAAGCUCCCGAGGUGCACACCUGUUACAGAACGUCCACAAGGACUGUGGUCACUGUCGGGUGGGGCGAUGACUGUUACGGAAUCGACCCUCCACUUGGGAUUUGGCCACAGCUGGGGGGAAAAGUCUGGUGGUUAGGUAUGUGCAAAGCACUGACAAGCUCAUGGGAAGCACUCAGUAAAUACGUGUCAACUCUAUGGCUUAAAACUGGAUCGAUGAUUCUUGCCAUCACAAUCUCCAGGCUAAAUCUGCUGCUGUGCUCAAAUGACACACUUGGGCUGUCCCAGGGAUAUCUUCACUAAAUAAAAGUACACACAGGAUUCCCGUAAGUUGACUUUUUUUUCAGUCAACAGUGAGAGAUUUAUAUAAAGAGAUGGGAGUACAUAAAUAGGGUGUUAAAUAUGUCACCUAAAAAUUAACCAGAAAAACAAAAGUUUCAAAAAGCAAUUAAAAAAUAACCUUCAGUCAGUAAUAUAUAAAUAACAAUCUGAGGUAAAAGAGAAAAAAAUCCCUCCAACACUUUUAGAAAAAUAAAUUUCUGCUGUGCUGUACAGAACUUUACCUUUUUUCCACAUCUUCAUCCCCACAUGGUUGCCCUCUUCCAGCGAAGAUUCUAGGCACAACUGAAGCUGGAAUUCGCUCCCACUACUUCCAGGUCAUUAUACAGCGUAUUCAAAGCUCAAGUUCAGCCAGGUUAAGACACAAGAAAACAUCCCAUCCUCCACCACCCCCUAGAAUAGGUGGGGCGACAGCAGCAGCGUGGAAUUCUCGAGACACCACUGAAAAGCUAGGGCCAAGGCUGAGCGAGAAGAGGAACAAUGUAACUGAGCAUCUUCCUAACAAAUCACUUAACCUCCCUCGUCUCCUCUCCCAUCUCACAGAGCUGCCUUUCGCCUUUCUGAAAUUCCUCUCGGCACCCAGUAUCUGACUGCCCCCACCAGUGAGCCUCGGAGCUAGGCUCCACCUGGCCCCCAGCUCUGUGCACCCCACCUCCCACAGGGUCCUCCCCCUCUACUGAGCGCUACUCCUGACAGGCAGAGACCCAAACGUCCUCUCCUGUGAGGGAAGGAAGAAGGGGAAGCAAAUGGAAUUAAGCGUUUUGUAACUAAUCAAUAAGGAUAAAUAAUUCUGAAUCAAUGUUCUGGUUUGUGCAGCUGUUUUUUGUUUUGUUUUGUUUGUUUUGUUUUUUAACUGUUCUCUGGUCUUUUCUAACACUCCAUCCCACACUGGAGCUGACUGCCGGAGGCAGAUGCUAAGCAGAGUCUUGCCGGUGGCUGCUUGCUUCCUACUGGCCGAGGGCUGGGCCGCGAGGAAGCUCUGGACCAGAGCUCUGCCGGCUGUGCCCCUUGCUGGGCAGCUUGCUGCCACUGGGUCCCAGAGACAGAAAAUAAAGGUGAGGAAUCAAAAAGGCGAGUUGAGCUUCAUUCACUCUGGAUGGCUCAGGCCCCUCGCUCUACAGUGGUGGCAGCCG